AUGUGUCAAUGUGCCCAACCCGCUAGAAGAGCCGCUAGAACCCUCAGCCCUGGAGAACCUCGAAGAAUCACAGGACGAGGAUCCGGUCUGCAGAAUUCUAGCCCCCCAAAGGACGUGUCCACUUGUCCUGACUCUUCACCGCAGGAAGCUCUCGUUCGCGCCAAACCCCAUCCCAGCUUACAGAUCGAUUAUGACAUCUUGUUGUCCCCCACAUAUCAAGUCCCCGUCUUGUACUUCGGCCUCAGGUGGCACAACCACGGCCCACUCGGACUAGAAGAAGUCUACCAGUAUGUCGUGCCGGAACGAUACAGGCAAGAAUUGAAGAGUGUGGGUGUAAUGGGUGGGAUUAGUAUGGGUUACCAUCCUGGAUCUGGCGCCCCGACAUUUUUCGUCCACCCAUGCAACACCGCGGAUGCCAUGGCGAACAUUGCAGACGCACAGAGCGUCACUCCCGGGUCAUAUCUCCUCAUUUGGCUUGGCCUCGUUGGUCAUUGCGUGAACCUGCACGUUCCACGCGAGCUUUUUGCUUAG